AUGAUAAGUUUCACUGAUGAUAUUCGAUAUAUUCUAUUAUCUAUCGUUAUACUUCUGAUUGCCAUAUUUGGCGUUAUCAUGAAUAGCUUAUCCAUUUUUGUGGUCUUGAAGAAUCCUUUGCUUAAAAGUUCAUUUGGUAUCUUAUGUUUCUCUCAUUCGGUAGCCAAUAUUGGAGUAUUAUCCGUUUUCCUCGUAUGGGUCGCUCCAAUCACUGUGAUAGAUGACGAUCACCUAUGGAGGACACGGUUUGCUAAGCAUCUUGGACAACUGAAUAUAUUAUUUUGGGAUGCUUGUGUUUAUUCCCAUCUAGCUAUAUCUGUGAAUCGUUUUUUCACUAUCACAUUUCCUCAUUCCCAAACUCUGAUCAACUCCAAUGCCACGAUAAUUCUCGCUAGUUUAGUAUGGACUUGUGCCAUUUUUCAUAUCAUUCCUUACUUUUGGGUGGAUCAAUGCUUUAUCCUGUACGAUCCGAAGACGGUGACUUGGAACUUCGCGGACACAAAAUGUGGAUUUUACAUAUCAACCUACUUUGAUUAUUACACAGGAUGUGCAGUAUUCAUUGUUAUAGCAAUCCUCGAUUUGUUCACUCUAAUUACUCUCCGUAUAAAAAACAAUCAUAUGCACUCACUUGGCACUCGUGCUCAUCAGAGACGACAAGUAGAACUCAGAUUCUUCAUUCAGGCUUGUGUACAAGCAUCUCUUUUCUUUUAUGAAUUGGUGAAUUUCUACUUCGUCUCUACACUGAACUCUUCGUUUUUCUAUGUUUACUUUACUUCAACAUUUGCAUGGGAAAUUUGUCAUGCGAUGGAUGGAUUGGUGUUAUUUCUUUUUCAAUACAAAGCGGCUUUUCCAAAAAAGGCUAGGGUGACAACUACGGUAACAGCAUCAAUUCAAUCACAUCAUAAGAGCGCAGCUUCAAUUGUAGUGAAUACUGGUCACAGACAUGAUAAUGCUUAA